AUGCUAAAUAGUGCAAAGGACGGUGUUGCCAGUGCGCAGCCGACGGAGGUCACGGUCCACAUCCAACACGACGGUCCCCUCGCCUCCGACCGCGAUGUCUUCAUCGACGAUGAUGGUUCGGGUCUAGGCAUCGACGAGAGCUCGGGCUCCGGCUGGGGGCCAGGCCCAGGCCCCGACGACGAGGACGGUCGAGGAUCAGGUGACGCCCCCGACGUACCCGAAGAUGACGAAGACUACGCACCGUUGCGAACCACUGCCGCCCCUACCACGCCCGCUCCGGAAUCAGACUAUCCGGAGGUCCCGGAAAUGCCAGACAACACAGUCUUACCGGACUCCAACAAUCCAAUCCCAACACCAAAAGUCCAGCAGCCCGAUUUAGUCAGUCCUCGCGUCCUCAAAGGUCAGGAAGCAGGAGAGGGCACUGGAGAGACGCGCGGCGCGGGGGAGGAGCAACCCUCGCGCCCAGAUCUGACCGACAUCAGCAUAUCAGGGGAAGACCUCAGUCCGGACAUCGACCAGGAGCAGUCGGGAACGCACAUCGAUACCGAAGCGCGACCAGCCGACACCGGCGUCUUCAUCAUGAACGCGAAACCUGAGGACCGCGCUACAAGCUUUUUCGCUCAGCCUGGCAUCCUCGCAGCUGUCAUCGGUGGAGCAGUCGUAGGGCUUCUGUGUGCGAUCCUGGUGGUGAUGUUCAUUGUGUACCGCAUGCGCAAGAAGGACGAGGGCUCGUAUGCGCUCGACGAGCCCAAGCGGAGCCCCGCCGCCGCCUCGUACGGGAAGGGUCACAACAACCGCGAGUUCUAUGCGUGA